UUAUUUAUAAAGCCCGCGGCACCAAUUAGAUUCGUCCUCGAGUGGUAUUAGAGUCGAUGAGAAGAACCGAGAAGUUUUAACCACCAGAAUAAGUGCGGAUGAAAGAGUUGAGAAUUGUUUCGGCUUGAGUUUGAAUAGUCGGAGGCUGAAACAACUGAGUAUUAUUCACUUGAAAAUGACGACUAUGGGGGUGACUGUUUUCUGCAAUCGAGUGCAGAUUAAUAAUGGAGAUCAGGAGCAACUGAUGCUGCUGAGAACUCUGCAGGAUAACGAGAGUAAUAUUCUCGGGAAUCAGCAGCAUCUGAUCGUUCAGAAGGGAAUGAACAAUAACUCGAACAUAAAUUCAAGUGUCUUACCCCCUUACGACCCCACUAGACUGAAAAAACACGGGAAAAACGGCCAACCGCCGCCGGUUGCUGUCGCUAAGCGCAAUGCGAGGGAGAGAAAUCGAGUUAAACAAGUUAAUAAUGGCUUUGCAACCCUCAGACAACACAUACCCAAUCACAUAGCUGCCGGUUAUGGCGAUAGGGGUAAAAAACUGUCCAAGGUUGAAACCCUCAGAAUGGCGGUUGAGUACAUACGGGGGUUGCAGAGACUACUCGCCGAAGCCGAUGGUCUUGAGUACGAUCCCAAUGCGGCUAUUGGAAAUAAUGUACCAUCACCGAGUAGUAGUAUUGUCUCCUCGAGUCACAAUGGCUCGGGGGAGAGACUUGCACUUGAGGACGAGGUCAAUGCUGAAGAGGAUGAUGGUGACAAUCAGCAGGAUGACGAGGAGGAGGAGAACAAGAGGAUUACAUUGUUGACUAGAUUGUCACCGAAUCCUGUGACAACGUCGAUGUCCCCGAACGAUUACUACGGCCAGUCGACCGGUGACGAGGAGAAUUUGGAGCCAGGAACCCUCCAACGUUCUACCAACAUCAAUCAAACCUUUUCAAGGCUCUCGCCAACGUCCCUGGCGUCGCCUCAAACCGAGUAUUACACCCAGAACGAGGAGAAUCUUGAGCCGAGAAUAGUGUCACCGUACAGUGGUGCUGGUGACAGUGAAGAGGGUGGUACCAUAUAUGCUGCUAGUCCUGAGGCAUUUUCGGGUGCUCUAUACUACAAACAGGAGAUCACGGAGACUGGGGAGUUCAUGGACGUUGUUAGUUGGUGGGAACAGGAACAGGGAAGACUGGUGCAUCAUACCCAGCCACAUGCCCAACGGCUUGCGCACGUCUGAUACAACUGAAGAGAACCGAGGAUCCUGAUCUCACCAAGAUUUAGUCAACCACUGGGAGAAGAUUAAAACUCAAUGUUGAAACAAUUGUACUUACUUCAGCUAGGGGAGAUGGUGUAUCUAAUUGAACAUCUUUUAAACAUCGUUUAUUGCCAUUUGAGAUGUCGUUGAGUCGAGUGCCUUCGAGACGUGACAGUAGUGGUAAAGAAACGUUUGAUGUGUUUAAUGAAACUGCUGGGUAAUACGAAGCUUGUAAAUUUCAAUGAGACUUCGAUACUGUGCCUUACGAUGUAAGUUCAACUUUUUCCAGUUAAAUUUAUAUAGAAUAUAUGUAUACAUGUGUAUAUUAAGAAUUUGGGAUACGAGUACUUCGUAAGGGAGAGAAAGAGAGAUGUUUUUUCAUUAAAAAUGAGCCAAAAGUCGAUAUUUUUAGGGUUAUUUAAAUAUAUGAUAUGAGAGUGUCGUUCUGUGUGAUUGAAAUACAGCGGACUCUUAGUGCCUUCGCGCAACGAUAUGCGUUCCGCUUAAUAUGUAUUUUUGUAGUUCAACGAUUACGACAAUAUCAGAGGAGAUGCGUCACCGAUGGGAGUGGGAGGGGUGGAAAAUAUCAUGUAUACGAAUAGAAGAGGAAUUCAUUAGCGGUGAAUAUUUGACACUUAAUGGAGAAAGCUGUCUUAAUGGUAAACAGUACUUAUGCUUGCUCAAAAAGUGCAUUUCACGGUUGCAAUAAUUUCUCCUUUUUCUCGCUGAAUAUUCAACAGUCGAUUGUUUAUACAGUUUUGAAACCUUAUCGAUGACGCCUCGAAUUCCUCGUGAGACACAAUCAAAAAUUGUAUAUAUCAGUGCCUUAAAUUGGUUAAGAGAAUUAAUUACUAUUUAAGAGACUAUUUUUUGUACUUGUAAUUUUUGUCAAUUUUGGAUAUUUAAAAUACAUUUAUACUAUUUAUGAUGA